AUGCUUCCACAGGACGCGUUGGUGGGAAUGAUCACGUACGGAAAGAACGUGAACGUGCACGAACGUACCAACACGGAGGCCAACGCGUUCAGCUGUUUCAAUGGUGCGAAAUCGUACACUGCUGCACAGGUGCAGAAAACGCUUGGACUCUUGUCGAACGAUCUUCGUACUAGGCCGGACCAGACGCUUGUGGAGCAGUACCCUGGUGCGAGGUACAUCGGCGAUAUGGCACACUGCGAGUUCCAGUUCACGCUAAUCUUUGAGCAGUUGCUUCAGGAUUCGUUCCCCUUGCCGAAGUACUCUCGACCAGAGAGAUGCACGGGAGCGGCCAUCACUGUCGCGCAAGGAAUCUUGGAAUCAUGUUUCCCCAAGUCUGGAGGCCAUAUACUCGUUUUCACUGGAGGAGCAUGCACUCACGGUCCAGGAAAGAUUGUGGGGACUGCUCUCAAAGAACCAAUCAGAUCGCACCACGAUAUCGGCAACGAUUCCGCCAAGUACUACAAAAAGGCCAAGGCGUACUAUGACACAUUGGCCAAGCGUGCGGCUUCAAACGGGCACACUCUCGACUUCUUUAUCGGAUCCUACGACCAGGUUGGAAUGAGCGAGAUGGAGGCGCUGCCACAUAUGACCGGUGGCUCCGUUAUUCUGAGUGACUCCUUCUCCACGGCCAUUUUCAAGCAAUCUUUGCAGCGGUUUUUCGUCAAAAGCCCUGGAAUCGAGCUCGAUUUUGCUCUCAAUGCCACGCUUGAAGUGAAGGUCUCCAAGGAGCUUAAGGUUCUUGGUUUGGUGGGCCAUGCCACGUCUUUAAACACCAAGAACGCCAGUGUUGGUGAUCGUGAGGUGGGAACCGGUGCCACAACCGCAUGGAAAUUGUGCUCAGCUGCAUCGAACUCGAGCUAUGCAAUCUACUUUGACAUGGCCAAUACCAACUCGCAAACUUCUGCGCACACGCCGCUCUGCUAUAUCCAGUAUAUCAUGCAUUACCAGCAUGCAGACGGAACCAUGCGGCUGAAUGUCACGACAGUUUCGCGCGCCAUGAUGCAGCUGGGCCAGCAGGUCAGCGAGUCUUUUGACCAAGAAGCUGCGGCUGUAAUUGUGGCUCGUGAAGCAGUCAGCCGGAUUCUGAAGGACGAUUCGUUCGACGCUGUCAUGUGGUUGGACAAAACGCUAGUGGAGCUAUGCACCAAGUUCGGCGACUAUCGAAAGGCAGACCCAUCUUCUUUCCGACUCAGCACGCACCUGUCGUUAUUCCCUCAGUUCAUGUUUCAUUUGCGUCGGUCCCCGUUCGUGCAGGUGUUCAACAACUCGCCUGAUGAGUCUGCGUAUAUCCGGCAUGUUUUCCUGACAGAGCAAGUUUCCAAUACCUUGGUAAUGAUUCAACCGACACUAACUUCUUAUUCACUUGACCGGGAUCCCGAACCAGUUUUGUUGGACUCGGUUUCGAUCAAACCUGAUUGCAUAUUGUUGCUGGAUACGUUCUUCCAUAUUCUCAUUUACCAUGGAUCACAGAUCGCUGAUUGGAGAAGACUGGGAUAUCACGAGCGCGACGAUUACGAGUAUUUCAUGGAAUUUCUUGAACUUCCGAGACAGGAGGCUGCUGAAAUCCUCGUUGACCGCUUCCCGUUGCCACGGUUCAUUGAUACCGAGGAAGGAGGAUCGCAGGCUCGGUUUUUGUACUCGAAACUGAAUCCGACAACGAGUUACAAGACAGAUGCUGCCAAAGCCGCGACCAAUGCAGGAGCGGUUAUUCUGACGGAUGACGUUUCGCUGCAGGAUUUCAUGAAGUACGUGAAUGAGGCUGUAGUGAAGGAGGCCUGA